AUGAAGGCAGUUGUUUUAAAAGUUUUAUUUGGACUUUUAGUCACAGCUGCUACUUCGUCUGCUGUUUUACAGGUUUCAUCAGAUACAUUAUAUUCUGAACAAAGAACAAUUGUCGGUGAUGUCAUAGUUAUGGAUGGUUCUUCUUUAUUGAUAACACAUGACCCAGAAUUAGGAAUUUUAAGUGGUACUAUUUCAAACAAUGGUAACUUAUGUAUUGGUACCACUGAUACUACAAGUAUCAUGUCCAUUGAUAUACUUGCCACAAAUAUUGAAAAUAAGGGAAACUUAAUUAUUGAUAACGGGGUAGCUGGUGAUAAAACUACAACAGUCAAGGUUGCCUCAUUAGAUAAUAGUGGGAAUUUACUUAUUGAUUUAAAGGACUCAAUGGAAUCUUUAACUGUAACAAACUCAUUUGUUAAUACCGGUUAUAUGUCAUUAUCCCAUGUUACUCUUCAAGGCUACGAUGGUGUCUUUACCUUUAAAGGUCCAACAUCUGGUAUUACAAAUUCUGGUACUAUUGAUGUCAGUGGUACUAACAUCACAAUUGAUUAUCCAAUCUCUGGUGGUGGUUGUAUUUAUGGGAAUGAGUGGCGUACUGAUUUAACUGUCAACACUAAUUAUCAACAUGAUCAAACAUUUUGGAUGCAGAAGUCAGAUAGAGCAUCAUCAAUUACCUUACUUGGUGCUGGUAAAUAUAUUCCCGUUAUUAGAGGGUUCAACUCUGGAAACAAAAUUCAAUUUGGUAGAAAUAUUCAAAAGUACGAUGGUACUAUCACCACCCCAUCCUAUAAUCCAGACACAGGUAUUGUGACCACAUCAAACAUGUAUGGUACUUUCCAAAUUGAUAUUGGUAAGGGAUAUGAUGGAAGUAAAAUUAAAAGUGAACAAUCCAAUUCGUGUCCAACUGUUUCUGACUCCUCUUGCUAUGCACCAGCUUUAACAUACGGAGAUGAUGCUGUGGAACCGGCUGCAGCAACUGAAAGACCAACAUCAUGUGCUUCCAGGCCUGACCUUUCUAUGGCAAUUUGUAGCACCGUUCUUCCUUCUUUGUCUUCUUUUCCAUCAAGUUAUUCAACAUCCCACAUUUCCACUGGUAUCUCAUCAACCACAAAUAAUAAUGGACAAUGUGUGAAAACUGAAACUUCAACAAGUUACUUUUCAACACUACAUACUACAACGUAUUUCUAUUCUAAAGUCUCAACGAUUACUGCUCCAAGGACACGUACCUUUAUUACCACUUAUCAUACUAAAAUCUAA